AUGGGAAACUCGAUAAGUCACAUCUCUGGUCGACAAUCUGGCAUGAACGUUAGCACUAGUCCGCAGGAUAUUCCGCAAUCCUCGAAGCGUAACAUUGAGUUUGAUGAUUCGGCAUCCCCUCGAAAGCGACGUCUCCUGGAAUCCUAUUCCACGGGUGACAUCCACCAGUCUGACGUUUUCUUGAAGCGCAAAGCGGAUACUCAACUCAAUCCCUUCUCAAUGAAGCGUGUAAAACUUUAUGAACCUUGCAACACAAUGGCGUUUAUUUGGUCCCUGCCUGCGGAAAUUCUUGUUCUUAUUGUUGCUCUUCUGGGAGCACGGGAUAUGCGCUGUGUAGCACAAGUUUGUUCUCUAUUGAGAGAAAUUGCCGGACCGCUCUUCUUCUCCAACCAGAACUUUCCAACUUCCCCAAAGGACCUGUUUCACAUCCGUGUAGAUUCUCCCAGCUUUGACAUUUUGUCUACUUGGAUACGGAUGGAUGCCUUCCGUCCCCCACGAUAUGAUGUUAUGUUGGUUGAAUCCUGA